AUACAUACAUAUUGUCGUCAUAUUUAUAGAGACGAAGACAUAGACAGACAGAGAAGUAUUUUAUAGUUAAAAAAGACAUUUACUGAAAGACACCUAUGAUUUGAAAGGUUUUUAAGGACCAAUUGGACUAAUCAUCAGCAAAGAUGACCAUCAAUUAGAUCCAAUUGAUUGAUAUUUUUUGUUUUUAAGGGGAAAAAUCAAAUCAUUUGACUGUUUAUUAGACAACAACAACAACCACAACAACAACAACAAGACUACAGUCGAUGACUAUAUAUAUAUCUAUGAUAUAUAUCUCUCUGUAUUGUCCAUCAAAAUCAGCUGAAGAUCAAAGAAGACAGAAAAAAACCACACAAUUAUCAUAUAAUAUCCAGUUUGUUGGGUGAAACUCUUUGCUGUGGACAUCAUCAUCAACAACAACAACAACAACAACAACAAUAGUUUAGAUCAUUAUUAGUUACCACACAUCCAGUCUCUUUAGAUAGUCAUGACUAUAUUGCCGAAGAAGAAAAACCCGUCAAACAAACAACAGCAACAACAACAAUCAUCGGGCGAUGAUUCGGUAGAUCAAGAAACUCGUGGCCACAAUGUUUCCAUAGGCUAUAGCGGUUUCGCUGGUCGCGGUCCGCACAACGGUUCGCAUUCGGUAGUCGGAUCUCAUUCGCCGCAAAGUUCCAGUCGUUGGCGAACUGAUGACAAACGCGGUGUCCAGGAUUCGGAUGGCGUCGAUCUGCUUGAAUCGGGUCAACCGAUAUCCAAACGUCGACAUCGACGAGUAGGAGCCGAUGAUCGACACGAUCGACUGGUCGGCCGUAAAGGCAAGUCAGGCAUCGGCGGCAGUGGUGGUGUUACGCCGUUGUCGUUGACCAGUAACGGUGUUCAGGGAAGUGUUGGCGAUGUUGAUGUAGUAGUCGGUGGUGUUGGUGUCGGACGAUUAGGAGUAGGAGGAGGAGGAGGAGGUGAGUCUAGCGAUGAACGAUGCAGUGAUCAAAGCAGUAGCAGUUCUGGUGGCGGACAACGACUCGGCGGUGUAGGAGUAGGCGGUAUCGAUGACCCGAUGGUAGCCCAGACGGAAGCUGCUUCUGGCUAUAACAGUGGUGACGAAUACGAACGGCCGACCGAGUCUAAGGAGGAAUGGGAAGAAAAGGAGAGAGUGUUUGCCAAACGACUUAAAAAGAAAGGUUUUAUAAUCAAACAGAUGGGCGAAGACGGGGCCUGUCUUUUUCGUGCAGUCGCUGACCAAAUAUAUGGUGAUCAAGAAAUGCAUGCAUCGGUCAGAAAGCUAUGCAUGGAUUAUAUGGCCAAAAACGGUGACUACUUUUCCCAAUACGUAACCGAAGAUUUUGGAGCCUAUAUUGAACGCAAACGAUUGAAUCACAUUCACGGCAAUCACAUCGAAAUGCAGGCCAUGAGCGAGAUAUUCAAUCGGCCGAUCGAAGUCUAUCACUAUAGUUGCGAACCGAUCAACAUAUUUCAGGGUUGCCAUCAAACAGAUAACGAACCGAUUCGGUUGAGUUACCACAAGAACAUACACUACAAUUCGAUAGUUAAUCCACACAAAGCAACCAUUGGUCUGGGUCUGGGACUGCCGGCCCUGAAACCUGGUUUUGCCGAAAAAUCCCUAAUGGACAAAGCCAUACACAUAUCUGAACAACAACAACUGGAACAGGCUAUGCUCGAAGACAAGAUCAGGGCUACCGAUUGGGAGGCGACUAACGAGGCCAUCGAAGAACAGAUUGCACGGGAAUCGUACGUCGAAUGGCUGAAAGAGAAUGAGAUGCGUCACCAGCAGAAAUCAAAGCUAAAAUCGACGGCUUCGUCGGCAUCAUCGGCGGCCACUUCGACGAACACCACCAGCUCAGCAGCCGGCGGCGGGUUUCCUCUUCAAUCGCUCGACUCGUGUCUGAGUAGUCCGUCGCGAUCCAGUCCUAAAGCAUCGGGCAGUGGUAUCAAUGAGACUACAUAUUUCAAUAGCAAAACAACUUUACGCCACAACGACUUCAGCCUUAUGGAGACGGCGUCGUCGUUCAUCAAUGAUUUGCCGCCGCAGAUGUUCGGUCUCAAAGACUGGACACAGGACGACAUAUUGGCCAAAGUGUUGGCCCAAUCGCAAGAGGAAUACAUCGAGUCUCUUAAAAGAGAUGGUAAGACAUCGUCGUCAUCGCAAUCAUCAUCUCUAACACAACAACAACAACAACAGCAAACCAAUAGCCAAUGCAAAACACCUCCUCCUUCAUCCUCUUCAUCAUCUAAUACAUAGUGUUAUCUAAUUAUUUAUAAUAAUUAUAUAAUUAUUAUUAUUAUUAUUACCGAAAUAAUAUGUUUAUAUUGAUUAUUAUUAUUAUUAUUUUUAUUUUUAGGU